AUGGUACUUCGAGGCCAGGCUACAUCGAAAAGUUUCAAUCCAAGCAUUAGUAGUUGCAGUGAAGGAACUAAUGAUUUAGAUGGAGGAAACGAAAGCGAAAUUGAUAGCGAUGAAGACUUGGAGGCUGGCGAAAAAUGGCUAACACUAAUGAGCCUAGACCAGAUGGAUGGAUGGAUAGAUAGAUGGGUGGAUGAAUGGAUGAAUAGAUGGAUGAAUGGAUGGUUGGAUGCCUUCGAUAUAUGA